CUUGUCGCGGGGGGACUCAAUGGCAAAAAAGUGGCGGGGAGAUGCUCGGUUACAUAGCUGAACUCAGUAGCUACAUCUCCGCAAUGAAAUUCUGACGCUCGAAGUCUACCUACGAGCGAUUAUCUGCACUCGUGUGUUCCUAGGGAUAGAGAUUACAUUAUUACACAUUUUUGUGACACACAGAAGUAACAGAACUCGCUGAUAUGGUAUUCCGAUAAAAGCCGCGCGACCUGGUUGAAUUCUUUUUAUUCUCGUUGCGAGUGUAGUGCGUCGAAGUCGUUUCGACUAUGGAGAACGUCACGGUAGUGCAAAACGGAGACGAGAACCACGAAGUUGUGUUGCGAGACCUGCAGAGUCUCUUGCUCGAGAGUAUCGGUAAGGAUGUGCAAGUGGUGGAAUCCACAACGUCCUUGUUACUCCCAAAGGGUGAAAACUACGCGAGUACGAUGCUGAAGGUCGAGGCUUUGAUCAAGAGGACGAAAAGCUCGCCGGAAGAGAAGCUUCACCUGGUCGCGAAGAUGAUACCGAGCUCGGAGUUCCAGAGAUCUAUUUUCAAUAGCAGCGUGUCGUUCGCCAAGGAGAUUUACGUGAUACAGACUCUGGCGCCGAUGUACAAACAACUGGAACGAGAGGUCGGACUGGAGGAAGACGAAAUCAUCGACAUUUUUCCAAAAAUUUAUGCUGGAAGACUGUCGAGGAACGAGGAGACGCCGGAUGUCGCGGACGAGGACGCGGUCAUGCUGUUGGAAAACCUGAAGGUUCGCGGAUACGACACGAUGAAUAGAAUGAAAGGAUUAGACUUCGAGCACGCGGUAAUAGCCAUCACCCAGUUGGCUCGGUACCAUGCGUUGGGUAUGGCGCUGAGGCAUAAAAAACCGAAAGAGUUCGCAGAGGCUCAGAAGAUUAUCGACAACUUUCCAUUUGACAUGACGGAUAUAAAACAAUUUGAAGACGUGAUAGACCAUACGAUCGAAGUGGUCUGCAGCGACCAGCGGUUAGUUCAGUACGAGCAGAAAAUAAGGGGUCUCAUUACCGAGCAAAAUGGCUUCGAGUCCUUCAUGGAAAUCGAAAAAAUCGAACCUUGGAUCUCAAUAAACCACGGUGAUUUUUGGGUCAAUAACAUAAUGUUCCAACACGAUGACGAGGGCAAGGUCAAGGACAUCAAGUUUGUCGACUUUCAAAUAGCUCUCGUCUGCAGUCCUUUGAAGGACCUGCCGUACUUCCUGUGCGCGAGCACCAGUACCAACGUGAUGAAAAACCAGUUCGACGAACUUCUCGAUGCCUAUCACGCUAAGCUAGUUCAGGAGUUGGAUAAAUUAGGCGUCGAUUCCAGUCCCUUUACGAAAGAAAGUUUUGAGAAGAGUUUGAUGCUUGCUGGAAAGAAGAGCCUCUUCCAAUGUCUCAUGGCUGUUAAAUUCUUCACGUUGGAGGUAGACCAGGAGUUGGAUCUAAACAACAUGAAGGACCAAGUCAUGAUGGCCAAACCGAGCGAUUUGUACAAAGAGCGAGUGUACAUGAUCGUCAAAAAGUUCGCCGAGAAAGGAUGGCUAUAACGAAGUUGAAUUCAACGUUCUGUAUAAUUAAUAAGGAAUAUAAUUAAUUCUUCUGAUUACCGGGGAGACACGGCGCAUUUCAUGAAAAGCCGUUGAUUAUACGAUACGAGUAGAAAAUGUGAUAAAUGUGAAAAGUAAGAUAACUCGACAAAAAAGUAUUCGUGAUGGUAUUGAACCUCUUUUAUCGCUAUUUUUAUUCUACGUUUCUAUAUGGUUGGUUAAUAUUACUAUAUCCAUUAUCAUCUACUAUAUGUAAAUAAAUUAUGCCGCGCUUCAUAAUUUUUUUGGUACUAUAGGCGUAGGUAUUCUAAAUUUUGAA